AUGGAGCAGACAGUACAGGAAGAACGGGUAUUGAAUGUUUCUGGAGAUGUUUCAAUAGCAAUGGGGGACCGGAUUCAGGCGAUGAUGCUUAAGGCAGCGGCAGAUGUUGUAAGUAGUCGUUGGCCUGAAGCUAUUCGUCUUCUUUGGAGCGUUACCAAUUGGCUCGUAGCUCAUAUUGUUUGUGAAGGGGAAGCAGUAGAUGUGAGUUUGGCAGCAUGGCAAUGUUUAAACGAAGCAUGGUUGUAUUUUUUGUGCCGGACUCGUGAGGAGAUUCAGGCAAAUGCCGGAGAAGUUCCGUUAAUAACAGAAGCUCAAUUAGAGCUUCUUGCUCGUGAAAUGAUUGGAUGGUGUGAUCAGCUUGAGAAGUAUGGUCUUGUUGAUUAUGAAAGAGGGUUAUGGGAGGAACGUAUUCUUGAAAUGAUGCGUCAUGCGUUGACACUGCUUAAGGCACAGAGAAGUACUGUUGUAGUAGCUAGAAAUUCUGAUUAG